UCACCACUUCCAGACUUUUGGGUGGGAUGGUGGACACUGAUUAUGUCAUGGCGGAUGCAAGCAAUGUUCCCAAGCUCCCUGGCAGGCGUCUUCCCAGUCUCUAUUCGUAGUUCUCCCAGUCAUCCUCUUGGGUAAUGUGCGUGUUGGGAUAUUUAGUUUUUAGUUUAUUUAGUCCUGCAACAACAGUGACCUCGUGUGGACACAUUGGCACAGCACACAGACUCUUCACCUGCGCAAUAUCCAUGACGACAGCGCUGUUACGUCGUUUACGCGCGGACACGACAUUUUGUUGCUAGCUAGUUGGGAAAGCAGCUAGUACAUAUUUUCGUGCAGCUAAACCGUCAACAUGUCUUUAUAUUGAUUAAUGUAGCUAUAUUAUACAUAAUAUAAUUGAAAUAGCAGCUAAACGACGUGCAACAGAUAACACUGAGCCUUCGAACGUGGAAUGUUAGUGGACACAAUGGUCCGGUUUAUGCCUGAGCUGAUCUGAUCUGAUCAUCAUUGUAACUGAUCAUCUGAAUGGAUGCCUCCAACAGAAAAAUGGAAUUACUUCCUGUGCUGGAUCCAGAGGAUAAACCACGAGCAGGACUGUGGUAUGCUAUGAUACCCAGAGGAGGUGGUCCAGGAGUUAGUGUGGGCCACACCUGUAUAUACAUCCCCUCUGAGGAUGAUGGCAAGGGGAAAGUCCUGAUCAUAGGAGGAGCCAACCCUAAUGGCAGCUUUUCAGAAUCCCAUGUCAUAAACCUGGACAGUCACGAGUGGGACAUUCCUGAAUGGGAGGGUCUGGAGGCACGGUAUGAACACUGCAGCUUUGUCCCUGAGAGCUGUCCACAGAGCCUGUGGGUGUUCGCUGGGGCACAGCAGAGUGGCAACCGCAACUGUGUCCAGAACCUACAACUCACAGGCGGUGGGUUGUGGAAGGGUGUAGAGGUGAAAGGGACGCCCCCCUGUCCCAGGACGUAUCACACUAACUCAGCCAGCGUCGGGGACCGACUGUUUGUCUUCUCUGGAGGGGACUCGGGGGCCACACCUGUCUCGGACCCCAACGUUCACGUCUUCGACACAGUUACCUGCACCUGGUCUCAGCCAGACACACAGGGCAGACAUCCCCCUGCAAGACACGGCCACGUGGUGACAGCGGUCGGACCCAAAAUCUAUAUCCACGGAGGCAUGGCAGGAGAGAAGUUCUACAGCGACAUCUACUCUCUAGACACCAGCAGUAUGAAGUGGGAGAAGGUCCAAGCCAAAGGAGACAUCCCCCCGGGGGUGGCUGCCCACUCGGCUGUGGCCCUCGGAAAGAACAUCUACAUCUUUGGAGGGAUGACCCCAGAAGGGGCCAGCAAUGCAAUGUACAGAUUUCAGUGUGGGCCAGACGUGCUACCCUGUUCUGAGCCAAUGGCAAUUUCCUAAGUCCCUCUUUGUGGCACCUGACCACACGACUGAACAGUAGUCCAGGUGCGACAAAACUAUGGCCUGAAGGACCUGCCUUGUUGAUAGUGCUGUUAAGGCAGAGCAGCACUUUAUUAUGGACAGACUUAUCCCAAUCUUAGUUACUGUUGUAUUAAUAUAUUUUGACCAUGACAAUCUACUUGCUCAAUUUCCACAUGAUUUAUUACAAGAUUUAGUUGAGGUCUAGGGCUUAGUGAAUGAUUUGUCCCAAAUACAAUGCUUUUAGUUUUUUAACUAUUUAGGAUUAAUUUAUUCCUUGCCACACAUUCUGAAAUGAACUGCAGCUCUUUGUUAAGUGUUGCAGUCAUUUCGGUCGCUGUAGUAGCUGACGUGUAUAGUGUUGAGUUAUCCGGAUACAUAGAGACACUGGCUUUGCUCAAGGCCAGUGGCAUGUCAUUAGUAAAGAUUGAAAAAAGUAAGGGCCCUAGACAGCUGUCCUGGGGAAUUCCUGAUUCUACCUGGAUUAUGUUGGAGAGGCUUCCAUUAACCCCUCUAGGGUAUGUGGGAGUGUCCCGCCUGGCCAAAAUCCAGUGAGAUUGCAGAGCGCCAAAUUAAAAUACAGAAAUACUCAUUAUAAAAAUUCAGAAAAGAUACAACUAUUUUACAUAGGUUUAAAGAUUAACUUCUUGUGAAUCCAACCACGGUGUCAGAUUUCAAAAAUGCUUUACGGCGAAAGCAUAACUUACAAUUAUUUGAGUACAUAGCCCAGCAGACAAAUCAUUACAAACAUUACAAACAGUAACAAACAGUAAGCAGUAGAAGAGUUACACAAGUUAGAAAUAGAGAUAAAAUUAAUCACUUACCUUUGAUGAUCUUCAUAUGGUUGCACUCAGAUGACAUUCAUUUAUUCAAUAAAUGUUCCUUUUGUUCGAUAAAGUCUCUCUUUAUAUCUGAAAACUUCUGUUUUGUUUGCGUGUUUUGUUCAGUAAUCCACAGGCUCAAAUGCAGUCACAACAGGCAGACAAAAAAAUCCAGCGUGUAUCUGUAAAGUUCAUAGAAACAUGUCAAACAAUGUUUAUAUUCACUCCUCAGGUUGUUUUUAGCCUAAAUAAUCGAUAAUAUUUCAACUGGACAAUAACGUCGUCAAUAUAAAAGGUAAAUAAGAAAGGCACUCUCUCUCGGUCAUGCGCAUGAAAAAGCUCUGUGACACGGCAGGGUCCACUCAUUCAGACUGCUUUUACUCCCUCAUUUUUCAGAAUACAAGCCUGAAACCAUUUCUUAAGACUGUUGACAUCUAGUGGAAGUCAUAGGAACUGCAAUUUGAGUCCUAUGUCAAUGGAUACUGUCAUGGCAUUGAAUAGAAAACUACAACAAACAAAUCCUACUUACUGAAUGGAUUUUUCUCAGGUUUUCACUGCCAAAUUAGUUCUGUUAUACUCACAGACAUUAAUUUAACAGUUUUGGAAACUUUCAAGUGUUUUCUAUCCAAAUCUACUAAUUAUAUGCAUAUCCUAUCUUCUGGGCCUGAGUAGAAGGCAGUUUAAUUUGGGCACGCUUUUCAUCCAAAAUUCCAAAUGCUGCCCCCUACCCUAGAGAAGUUAAAGAACACCCUCUGUGUUCUGUUAGAUAGGUAACUCUUUAUCCACAAUGUAGCAGGGGGUGUAAAGCCAUGACACAUACAUUUUUCCAGCACCAGAAUAUGAUCGAUGUCAAAAGCCUCACUGAAGUCUUAACAGCCCCCACAAUCUUUAUCAUCAAUUUCUCUCAGCCAAUCGUGUAGGUGCUGUGGUUGAAUGUUGAAUUUGUUUACUGUAUAAUUGCAUUGUAUCUGGUCAAACACAAUUUUUUCCAAAACUUUACUAAGUGUUGGUAACAGGCUGAUUGGUCAGCCAUUUGAGCCACUGAAGGGGCCUUUUUAUUCCAAGGUAUUGGAAUGACUUUUGCCUACCUCCAGACCUGAGAGCACACACUUUCUAGUAGGCUUAAAUUGAAGAUAUGGCAAAUAGGAGUGGCAAUAUUGGCUGCAAUUUUCCAUCCAAGUUCUCUGUAUAUUGUGUCAUGUUUCUCUAUGUUCAGAUGCAAUAAUUGCCACUGUUGUAUCUAUCCUGGAGAG